AUGAAAACAUCCAUUAAUGGCAGGAUAAUACAACAGCAAGAGACACCAAAUACAUCUGCAGCCCUUCGCCAAGCGUUGAAUCAGUCAAUGGAAAGCCAGCAGAAUCCAAUCAAUGUCAGAAACAACGACGACGAAGAUGAUGGUGAUGAUGACGAAGUCAACAAGAAAAGACCAGCUGAAGAAACGACUUACAGCAAAGCAACAACAAAAAAGCAAAAGAAGCACACGAAUAAGGAUGAGAAGAAAAUGAAGCACACGAACGGGGAUGAGACAAUCGUAGUAGUAAGCAGUGAUAGUGAUAAUGAUGCAGGAUCACAAGCGACAAAUAAAGACACAAAUGAGCAGCCAUCUGAUGAGCCAGAAAAGGAGAAUCAAUUGAGUGAGGCGCUCAAGCUCAUGAUAGAUGGGGAUUUCUUGCGUGACCAAGAUAACCAUGAAGAAGCAUUGAUUGUAUAUAGAAAAGCGCUUGAUAUUCGAUUAGAACUACUGUUGGGAACUCGCCAUAGUGACACUGCUCGAUCGUACCACAAUAUCGGGGUUGUCUUGGACAAUCAAGAGAAAUAUGACGAAGCAUCGAAGAAUUAUCAGUAUGCGCUGGACAUUCAAUUGGAAAUCGUUGGCAAUCGUCAUGAAUAUGUUGCCGACACAUAUUACAAUAUGGGAAAUGCCUUGGCAAAACAAAAUUUGCCCGAAGAAGCACUGAGGAGCUUCCAAAAGGCACUUGACAUACAGUUGGAAGUACUUGGCAAUCGUCAUGAAUAUGUUGCCGACACAUAUUACAAUAUGGGAAAUGCCUUGGCAAAACAAAAGUUACACGAAGAAGCACUGAGGAGCUUCCAAAAGGCACUUAAUAUACAGGUGGAACUACUUGGCAAUCGUCAUGAAGACGUUGCCCACACAUAUUACCGCAUGGGUGGUGUUUUGGAGAACCAAUUCAAAUAA